UGUUCGUGUAGCCGUAGGAUCACUUUGUGAUGAAAAUGUACAAUAUAAUAUGCCGGGCAAUCUUAGGUUGUGGGAUUCAUUGUCAAAGACAACCCAUACGCUCCUUGGACAUCAAACAAUUGAUACCAAUCAAGCACAGCAACAACAAACCAUUUGGAGAACAGUAGCUGACGUGAAAGCCUCUAACGAAGGAGGCCUCUUCUUUUCUGGGUCUCAUGAUGGGACAACCAAAGUAUGGAAGCAGAGCUCCGGUCGGCUCGUGUCUACUCUGCAAUACCAUUGUAAGCCAGUGAAUCAAUUAGCAGUCAACUACUGGACAGCAGGCAAUAUGCUUGCCUCUUGUUCCAAUGAUGGUACCGCUACGAUCUGGAGAAUUGGAUCAUCUGGUAAAACGGGCCAAGGCUCUAUCUGUGAACUUGAUGCACCGUUUUACCGAAACCCUGCUGUAGAAUGCUUGGAAUUUGGGCACCAUGCGACUCAUAAUCUUCUUUUUCUUGGUAUUUACAAUAGAGAAAUAGAGCACACAGGCUAUAUUCAGACAUUUGAUACGGAGACAUGUCAACCUGUGAGACAUUAUGACUCGAUGAAUGGAGGUGUGGCUGCUAUGAACGUAUCAUCUUCAGGACGAUUCAUUGCUUCGGGCAACUAUAACCGUUAUGAUAACCUGAGUGGAGACAAACAUUUACAUUUACACGACGUGAGGUUGGACAAGCCUGUAAAGAAAUUCUAUACAGGACACCACGAUGUCAAUGUGGUUUCGAUUAG